AUGGAGGAUGCUCACGUCAUCUAUGCCAAAGACACGUGGGGCUUCUUCGGCGUGUUUGAUGGCCACGGAGGUGGCCAGUGCUCUGACUUUAUCGCCAGACGCUUCCAAGAAGAGCUUUCCGCAAAUGGCAUGCCGAAAACGGAUGAUGCCGUCACAGACCUAGUAUUUCGUUUGGACAGGGAGUUUCUGGACACCAAGCAGCCCAGUGGAACUACUGCGACUUUUGUCAUUGUCGAAGCUCCAGCAAUGCCACAAGGCAAAUACCGCCUCCGAGUUGGAAAUGUUGGCGAUAGCCGUGUGCUUCUGGGGCGGGCAGACGGUUCGAUCUUCGCUGGGCCUGGAACUGACCGUGGCCUCACGACGGACCAUAAGCCAGAUCUUCCGAGCGAAAGAGCACGAAUUGAACGCACUGGCGGGUUCGUGCGCGAAGUUCGUGGAGUAGCGCGUGUGAAUGGAAGUUUGGCUGUCAGCCGUUCCUUUGGCGACGGCCAAUACAAGACUACAGGAGGCUUGCGUGCAGCUGCGUAUGAUUGCGUUGUGUGA